AUGGAAUUUGGAGUCUUCAUGCCGCGAGCAGACUUUGGGGCGACCCGCGACUCGCUCGGCAUCCGAUUCUACCAGCAACUCCACAGAUUCUUUCGAGGGCAUGCACUUCAACAGCAGCAGCAACUUAGUGCAGCGAUGGCUAGUGAGGCUGAAGGCUGUCAAGCAAUUGAACUCACUGCAAAACCCAGCAGCGAUGGAACGAGAAGUGAAACUAGCACGCCGUUUGAUAGGAAGAAAUCUGAAGACAACGAAAGCAACAUCGAAAAGGAUGAUGAUGACUAUGAGACAAUUGGAACCAAUGACAACGAAGAUCCCGGUGAAGAGAGCGAUACUGGAAGUACAAAUAGCUCUCAUCCUUCAGGGAAUAAUAAUUUACCAAGUAACUUUUUGGAUCCUAUGUCCUGCUUUGGAUUCGAUAAGGAUGAAACAGUUACUCCAAUGUUGAACAGUUGGGUUUUGGGAGCUUAUACGGCAAUGUUAGGAAGAUUGUCAGCGGCAACAGCGGCUUUGGAAGCUAUUGAAGUACCUUCAAUGCCUUCUGGGAGUGAGUCUGAGAGUGAUGAAUCAUCGUCUACUGAAAAAUCUCGAGACACCAGUCCAGUUGCUGGAGGAUACAGAGGCUAUCCCUGUGGAUCGUGCGAUGUAGUAGCACCAACGCGACCAGCUCUAAAAAAGCACUUGCUGGACUGUCAUCCCGCAUCGUCAUCAGGGUCGGAGGCGAGCAGCACGAGAACCUGUCCAUCAGCUGGCUGUGACUUUACAAGCCAGUCUAGGUGUGAAAUGGAGACUCAUGUCGCGGGUCACGUCGCCCAGGGGAUGACGCCAACGGGAAAAAAAAGGUCAUUAGCUCUUCAGCGCGUUAGGUACGAGAGAGAAGAGUACCGAUGCUCACUGUGUUCAUACGCCUGCACGAUUGAGAAAGCUUUCCAGCGACACUUACGUGCUCAUGCGAAAGGCUCUGCAUCAGAGACCAGGGUCAGCUGUGCUGUUUGUGGGGCCGACAGGUCUUCCGAGGUUGAUUUGAGUCGACAUAUGAAGAGGCAUCGCGAUGACAGAUAUUUUUGCUGCGAUAUCUGUGUUUUCCGUACUGUCCAAUUAAAAAAAUUGAUACAACACCGAAGAAUGCAUACAGGGGAAAAACCCCAUUUAUGUCCUCACUGUGCGUAUCGAAGUGCUCGUCGUGAUAAUUUACGAAGCCAUGUACGCAGAGUUCAUAAGAAAGAAAAUCUGUACUGUGACACGUUCAGCCCCCGUGGGAUGUUGAUAAAUCCAAGCUUGACACCUACUGAGGUAACUGAUCUCGAUGUGACAAACGUCCAAACUCCGGCCUCACCUGCACCGUCCAAUUCUGAAGUGACGAACUAA